UUUGGGAUCGUGGUUUAAGAUCAUGAGUGAACACGGCCGGCUGCGAGUGACCUGAGGCUGACAGUGGAUAGUGGACUAGGAGGCGAUCGACUGCGCAGACGAGACCUUGCUUGGUUUUGAUAUAUUCUCGCACCGUGAAAUGUUUAUCGCACAACCCCCAUACACUAGGCAUCUAACCACAGCUAUGCAGUCAAAAUGGACGUAGGAUGCAUAGCGAUGAAGUCGUUCUCGAAAGCAUCUAUAUUGAUUGAAUGCAUUUACAAAUACACUCGUCCAUGAUGAAGCUAUACCUGCCAUCGAUGAGCAAUUCCUUUCAACGACGAAUGAUGUCUAAUAAUACUGGCGGCCUCAGUAGGAAAAGGGUCUUCUGCUUUCUUCUCGUUCUGGCCUCCUCUGUGAUGUGCUACGUCAUCGUGACGUCACCGAUUCCCCGUUUGCGGUCGCCCACAUACUUGCGGCAUGCAUACUAUACACAUGCCAACUCCUUACCCGGGGCAGAAGGGCACCACAACCUAUCGGCGACGGAGGGAAAAGCAGAGCAUACCAACUGCUCAUGCUCAAACGACUUUGUAUUAUAUGAUGUCGAUUACGAUGAUGGACGGACUAGUGCACAAAACGUCACUUCAAAGAACCACACAACAUCUAAGAAUUUGCCAGUGAGUCACCGACUUAUUCCAAAAAAGGGGAAAGCCAUCAUGAACAAUUCUUUGACGAGCCAUUUGUGGAACUUCAACGAGAUGGGUGAUCAGCAGCUUUAUCUCUUCGAGAACUUACUCAGGCAAAAGUGGAGUGCAAACUUGACCAUGAUAGCAACUUUGAGGCAAGAGUUGGCCAAGUAUCGCUCAGAACUGGAUGACAAUUCACAGAUUAUUUUGCACCAGAAGAACAUUAGAGUCGGGGAGGCCGUGAAGUUCGUCCAUAGCAAAAAUGGCAAAGUGAUGACCAAAGACGUCUACAAACACCUCCCAAAAAGCAGUCCGAAUCCCCAAGGUACCAGAUAUCGGUCAUGCGCAGUCGUGGGAAACAGCGGUAUUAUGUUGAACAGCAGCUGUGGAAAAGACAUUGAUAAACACGACUAUGUGUUCAGAUGCAACCUCGCUCCUUUGUCACCCUUCAGAGAAGAUGCUGGACUUAAGAGUAAUCUUACGACGAUGAAUCCCAGUAUGCUUUUUAGAAACUACCAAAGCCUCAAAAAUGCAGCCAGCCUCAAGAAAUUCAGCGAUGAAAUCUCGAAGUACGAUGGUUUAAUAUGGAUCCCUUGCUACUCCUUCUCCCCGCACUUCCCCAUGUCCAUGAAGGCAAUUUCAAAAUACAACCGGCAGAGCCCAAGGAUGGUGUGCGGGAACCCCAAGCAUCAUAAAUCUGUUAUCGAUUUCUGGGGAGAGAGGAAGCUUAAACACAGACUAUCGACAGGUUUCUAUUUAGUGACGACGGCCCUCCAACUCUGCGACGAAGUACAGCUGUACGGGUUUUGGCCUUUCUCCGCACGUUAUGGCGACGACAAAUCGGAGGUGCCUUAUCAUUACUUCGACGAUAUCACCGCCGAUGCGGCGAUCAGGGUACAUUCCAUGGAUAAAGAAUUCAGCCUUCUAGUACAGCUCCACACACUGGGCAUAUUGCGCUUGAACGUCGGAUCAUGCAGCUAGCAGAUGAUUACGCAGGGAUUGAAGUUCAUAUUUUGUUCUGAUUUAGUUAUGUUUUACCUUCCCAUUUGUCGUCUUAUUACACAAUGCUCAGGGCCUGCGUUGCGCGACAUUUGUUUACACGUAAAAAAAGCCACGGUUUAUGACGGUUUAUUAUCUGAACGGGCAUUUACGUGUAAGAAGUGUUAAAGCCCCACUGCACUACGUAUAGCAACUCGCGCCCUCUUUAAAGCAAACAA